AUGAAUGUCAGUAAAAAAAGAAAAAUAGAUUCUGAAUGUCGUGUAUUUCAGCAUAAAUGGAGCAAUCAAUACUUUGUUAUUGAAAAUAAAGGAAAAGUCAUGUGCCUUGUUUGUCGUGAAUUAAUUUCUGUAUUGAAAGAAUACAAUAUUAAACGGCAUUAUGAAUCCAAGCAUAAAGUUAAAUAUGACUCCUUAUACGGACAGUUCAGAGAAAUUGAAGUUAAUAAACUACAAAAAGCUCUAACCGGAGAACAAACGAUCUUUUCAAAAGUAACUAUUCAAAAUAAAGCCGUUAUUUCUGCCAGUGUGAAUGUAGCUAUGUUAACUGCGAAAGAGGGAAAACCAUUUACAGACGCAGAAUUUGUCCAAAAAUGUGUACUACGCAUGGCCGGUAAUAUUUGUCCAGAUAUUGUACAUAAGUUUGAAGAAGUCCCAUUAUCUGCUCGUACAAUAACAAGACGUAUUGAAAAUGUUGGUGACAAUUUAUUAAAUCAACUGAUAAAAAAAAACCAAAACAUUUCAAUAUUUUUCGUUAGCACUUGAUGAAAGUACAAAUAUUGUUGACUCUGCACAAUACUUCAACAAGAAUUUAAUAAUCGAUUUCAAGAUUUCAAACGACAUUCACAGUAUUUUCAACUACUCGCCAAUCCGUUUAAUAUUGAUGUUGAAGAUAUACCUGUUGAGCUUCAAAUGGAAAUAAUAGAUUUGCAGCCACAAAAUAUCUUAAAAGACUCAUUCAAAGCAUCGCUUUCACUUUUUUUCGCUGAACUUCCUGCCUCAUUUUCAAAAAUUAAAAAUAUAGCUGCAAAAUACUUCAGUAUGUUUGGAUCCACUUACCUAUGUGAACAGGCUUUUUCUCAUAUGAAAAAAAUUAAAAAUCCAUACCGUUCACGCUUAACUGAUGACUAUCUCCACCAUGUACUUAGAGCCAGCACAAGUAAUUUUAAUGUGGACAUCGAAAAACAAUAUUCAAAAACAAAAAUCACAUUAAGCCUAUUAAGCAGUUGUAAUUUCCAUACUUUUAUAUUAUAAUUAUGUUAUUAAAAACUGUAAUUUUAUUUUUAUGUUCUAUUAAUCUAUUAUUUUAAAGUUUUAAACAGUUAUUUUUUUUCUUAGUAAAUAAUUUGGAAUACAAAAUUUUUAUUUUUGUCUGGCCCGCGAACUUUUUUUAAUUUAUGAAUGUGGCCCGGGAGUGUAAAAAGGUUGCCGACCACUGCUUUAGACAAUAAAUAUAUUUUUAUAGUUGAAAAAUGAACAUGAACAGAGAAUAUACUUUCUAUAUAAUUAGAAUUAAAUUCUGAUACCCCACAAUUUUUUUUUUUUUAUUGCGAUUAUUUUUAAAUUUAGUUUUCAAAUAUUGAUGCACCAUUAUCCUGUGCUGAAUAAUAAAAUAAUGAUUACUGAUUGAGCAUAAUUUUUAAAUAUUUUUUAAUGUAUUAAGUAUUUAUGUGUUAUAUUACAGUUAUUGAUUUUAAAAUGUUUAGAAUUUGACUGGUGGUGUAGAAGGUGGUGUUCAUAUGACUGAUGUAACAAAUGCUUCUCGGACUAUGCUGAUGAAUAUACACUCAUUACGAUGGGAUACAACAUUGAUGGAGUAUGUAUCUUUUAUAAAUUCUAGCUGCUUCUAAUAGAUUUGAUAUCUAAAAACAUUUUUAUUUUAAUCAACGUCAAUAAUUUGUUUUUCUUGUAAUAGUUAUUAGUGUCUUUUACUCUUGAAUAAUAAUCGUGCAGAUUAGAAACUAAACGAUAUUUAAUUUUUGUUUUUAAAAUUUUUUAAUAUUUCAUUGUUUUUUUUUAUGUGUGUCUCAUACUAGACUAUUAUACCAUAAAAUUUAUUUUUAAAUGCAAUUUCGAUCUUUUUUUUUUUUUAAUUUCUCUUAAAACUUGAUCUUCUAGAUCAGCGGUUCUCAAACUGUGGUAUGCAAUAGUACAUGAUAGGCAAUAUAGUGAUACUCAAAAAGUUGUAUGGUAACAGUACAAAAAAAAAUUAAUCAAUAUUUGUACAAAUAUUUUUUAAUGUGUCUAAUACUAUUAUAUAUAUUAUUAUUAUAUUGAAUUAUUUUACUGUGUUAUACUAUUAUUGGUUUGAAUUAAAUGUAAAAACAUGAAUAGUUGUUCUAGACAGAUCCAUAAUAGAUAUAAGUAGUAAGUGACAUUAAAAGUUUGAGAUCCUCUGUUCUAGAUCAGUUCUAGAACCCUUUUAUAUCUUUAAAAUCACUAGUUUUUUCAAUUUCAUAUGUUGAUUUUCCACUUUUAACAACAUAUCUAGUUCUUUUCUUAUUAUAUUCAAACCCUAUUAGGGAAUUUUGCAAAUACUCUAGUUUUUGUUAUUCUUCUAACUUUGAUUCUCUAUUAUUCUAUAAAAUUGUAGUACAUAGUUUGAUCAAGAUUAUAUCUUAGACAUUUUCCUGAUUGUAAAUGUCUAGUCCAAAUUUUAUACGUGGCUAACCUGUUAAAAAAAACACUGGUUUUAUUUAAUGGUCAUUAAGGUUUUAAUUUAUAUCAUUAAAUUGUUUUAAAUGUGAAAAUUAAUUAUAAAUAUUUUUUGUAUAAUUCAUAUAAAUAAUAUAUGAUAAUCAUUUAUAAUAUAUAGUCUAUUUCUUAGUUAACCUAUUUAAUAAUUUUGAUCAGUAUAUUAGAUAUUUUUAUUAGAUUGAACUCUUUAAGUAAAUAAUUAAUAAUUAAGUUUAAAGUUAAGUUAAUAAUUUGAUAAGACAAACUUCAUAAUUUAAUAAUAAUUUUUUUUAUAUAAAUUGUCAAGUACUUUUGAACUUUCAUACGAAAAAUAUUUACAAUUACAGUGGAUUCCGCUUAAUGUGGGCAUGUUGGGACCAACCCUGUAUGCCCACAUUAAGCGGCUGCCCAUAUAAACCAAAAUUAGUUCAAAAACACAACAAUUUAUAAUAUCAAAAAAGUUUUUAUUUUUACAAUUGAAAAAAAUAUUACUAUGUAUAUAAAUAAAAUUAAAUAUGUAUAACAUUUGUAUUAAAUAAAAUUACUCUUUGGAUGUGGAUGGUAUACAAAACGUUGUAAUUGUUCGGUGUCUAAGCUGUUUAGUGUGGAUUUGGUUGACAAAAUGGGCACACGCUUCAAGCUUAUCAGAUGGACUAUUUUCGUUACCCUGUUGCAUGAAGAACUUCUGCAACAAAUCAAUGCACUUUUUAGCCUCUCUGGCUGUAACUGGUGGUUCGGUAUCUUCUUCAUCUUCCAACUUCCUUUUUUUAAGAACAUUUUAUACUACAACAUCACAAAUGUCUUCAUUAUUAUCAAAACAAGGAGCAUUUUCAUCAAUGUUUUCAAACUCGUUAUAGUUUUGAAUAAGUAAAAAUUGUUCAUUCAAUUCAGUCAACUCAGGUUGUGGACCAACAAAAUUAGAAAAUCCACAAUGAGCGAAACAAUUCAUAACAGUUGUGCAGCUAACUUCUUGCUAGCUCUCUGAUAUAAACUUUAUGGCUUGCAAUAUGUUUAUUUUGUCACUUUUUUCAUUCAAAGUUAUUUUUAGCCUGUCAAUUUUCCAAUCAUUAGAGGGGGAUUCAUCAGCACUUGCUUUUUCCCCAUGCACACGUUUGAAUUUUAUCUCGUGUCUAUUCUUCCACCUGCUUAACCAACCAUCAGUAGCAAUAAACUGAUUGUUACCUAUUUUCUGGGAUAAUUCUUCGGCUUUACAUUUCAACAAUGGCCCAGACACGCAAUACCGCCACUUGUUAUUAAUGAAAACCAUUCACUUAAGACCUCAUCAACUUCAGGAUCUUUCCCUUCCCGUUUACGUUUUUGAUUACCAGUUUAAGUUGAAUUGAAGUGACUUCUUCUUUGAGCAGUUUCGCCACAGUUGAUUUCGGAACACAUAAUUGUUCAGCAGUUUUACAUUGUGAAGUGCCUGGAGAUAGCGAUUUCACCUUGUCCAAAAUCGCAAUUUUUUCUUAAGGGAGAAAUCUUUUCUUGACAUAUUGUUACGUUGAAAUUCAUGUUAAAAAUGACUAAACACUAAAACUAUAUUGACGCUACAGAGGCGUGUUUUAUUUUUAUCGCAUCUAAUAACAUUUACAGACAUUAAAAUCCCAUCAAGGUUUAAAUGGUAUAAAUGAUUUUUAUUACUUUCGAUAAACACAAUCUCAUAGAUACGAUGAAACCUGAUUAAAUUUAGUUGUUUUUAAAUACAAUAUGUCUAUUUUCUAACGCUAUUAUAAAAUAAAAUUGCCCACAUAAACCGAAUCAAGUGCCCAUAUUAUGCGGUCUUAUUUAACCUUGUUAAUGUACAUUUGUAUUGGGACCAGACCUGUUUGCCCACAUUAAGCGGAUGCCCAUAUUAACCGGUGCCCACAUUAAGCGAAAUCCACUGUAUAAGUAAUAGCCUUUUAUAAGGUAUGGAUUUUGAGUUUAAUUUCUCUGAAUCCAAGUAUCUUCUAAAAUAUUACAAAGCCGUUUACAAAAUUAAGUUGUGUGUUUUGUCAUGUUAAUUUAUUUUAAACAAAUAUUUCUUUCAUUGGGAUAUAAUUAGUAAAUUAUUGAUUGUGUAUGCAUUUUAUUGUUAAGUUUUAUUUUUGUUUAAUACUAAAUACAGUUUAAAUAAUACUUUUUAAAAUAUAACAAAUUUUUUCAUUUUUUCAGAUUUUUUGAUAUACCUGAUGGAGUGUUAUUUCCAGAAAUUCGUAGUUGUGCAGAAGUCUAUGGACAUUUUAUUGAUGGACCUAUUGCCAAAACAUCUAUUUCAGGAGUAAUUAUUAUCUGCCAAUUACAUGAACAUAAUAUUAUUAAAAUUGUCUAUAUUAUUUAUUUUUAUUACAGUGUGUGGGUGAUCAACAAGCAGCAUUAAUAGGUCAAACAUGUUUUUUUGCGGGCCAGGCCAAAAGCACUUUUGGAACUGGAUGUUUUUUGUUAUAUAACACUGGGCGCAAGGUAAUUUUCUGAUAAAACUAAUGUAAUGAAAUUCAUAAUUAAUAAAAAAAAUAUUUAUGUAUUGCAUUAUUCUAUACUUUAUGACAGCAGUCCUCAAUAUUUUAUUAGUGUGACUCAAAAAUAUUAAAUUAAACUUUUUGCGGCCAUAAAAAAAAAAAAUGAUCAUGUUAAUUGAAAUCAUAAUUUGUAUUAAUAACAUUCUUGUUUUUUAACUACUCUUUUUUACAAUAUUAUACAAAUUAAUUUAAAUACCUACUAUUAAAAAUUAAUAUUUUAAUUACUUCCUUGAUUUUAGACAUUUUACACAAGUUCUUCAAUAUUAAGAUGAAUAUUAUGUGAUAGUGUACAUUACAUAUUGUGUUGAGAGGAUCAAAGUGAUUUCUGUAUUCUGAUUCUUUAAAACUUCUAAAACAGAAAACCCAACUUCACAUUGAUAUGUUCUUGAGAUGGUAGUUAAGCAUUUUCGGAUUUUGUUGACAAAAUAGAUUUGUCUUUGAGCUAUACCCAAAAUUUAAUUAGACAGUUAGAUGAAAAAUAUAAAAUAGUAUAUGAAACACACUUCCACUACUCACCAUAGUACCUCCAUGACCCUAAUUUACCCACGACCCAAAUUUGGUCUAGGAGUUUAGUUUAUUAUGUAAUAUUAUGUAAAUUAUUAUGCAAUUUUGUUCAACAUUUUGCUAUCCACAUUGUCAUAAUAUAAUUUUGUGUUUUUUUUUUGAUACGCCAUUUAAUUCUCUCAGUGGAUGAAUUCAUAUUAUGUUAUUUUAAUGAAGUUGAAAUUCUGUUGUUUCAGCCUGUGAUCUCUGACCAUGGUCUUUUAACUACUGUGGCUUUUAGGCUAGGCAAACACGCAGAUCCCAUUUAUGCUCUUGAAGGUUCAGUAGCUGUUGCUGGAUCAGCAGCCAAAUGGUUGAUAGAAAAUAUGCACAUGGUGGAUAGCUACCCCAGUAUAUCCGAAAAAGCAGAAUCUGUAGAAAACUCAAAUGGUAUUCAUUUUGUUCCUGCCUUUUCAGGCUUGUAUGCACCAUACUGGAAAAGUGAUGCUCGUGGGUUAGUAUACAAAUAUUAUGCAAUGUAAUAUACAAGGUCUAAUAAAAAAGUAUCAAUACUGAUAGUAUUACUUGUAAACCAGUGCUUGUACAUGCACCAAUAUGAACUAUGCGCAUGGCAUAGUAAUCAACCUUUAAGUGAAGCAAAGUUUAUCUAAAUUUAUUAUUAAAAAAUACUUUUUUCUUAGUUAUUUUACAAUAUAUAUCCAUAAUUAUAUAGUACAAUUAUAUGUACAUAGUUAAGUAAUUAGUGAAAAUGUGAAAUUAGUAAUGUGGACUGGAUAAGAUUCAGCCCACUGUCCCAGAAGCAUCUUUGUUUAAAUCAUUAAAGAUAAAGUUUUUUAAUGACUUGAUAGUAUAAUCAGGAUACAAGAUAUUCCUAUUUUAUGUAGAAUGUCCAAAAAGUGUUAUUUACAUUGCUGUAUGGCAAUUCAUGGAGUUAGUGGGCUAAAUAUAAGUAUUUAAUUAAAUUUACAUCUCUAUAAUUAUUUUUCACAAAAAUACAAAAUCAAUAACAAAAACCAUAAUAUUGACAUUUACGUUCUCUAGUUUUAAUAACAUUCUCAAUGCACCAAUUAAACAAAAUUGUCUAUCAAAAAUUAUCACCAAAGUUGAUAAUUUUAGCAAAUUUUCUGGUCGAACUCGGAAAACUAUAUUAUUAAUAUAAAAAAAAAAGUAUAAAUGUAUAAGUAUACUGGUCCACAACCUAAAAGAAAUAAGUUUUCACUGCUAAAUAGUUUAUAUUAAUUAUUUUUACUUAAACAUAGUCAAUGCCUUUUUAUUAAUUAGCUUUACCUCUGGGUACACUACUUUGCUUAUCUAACAGCUGUCUGAGUGAAGUUAAUCUUAUCUAUAUCUAAUAAAUUUCCCUACAAUUAAAGGUCAAUAAAUAUGGACAAUCUGGUUUGUGAGUAAUACUAUAAGUUUCAAUUUCUAUUAUUAUAUUUUAUGUUAUACAAUAUACAGAAUGGAAUAAAACAUAUUUAGCAAUAAAUAUUACUGAGUAUCCUGGUAAAAUAUUAAAAUGGAAGGUCUGUCUACACUAUGAAGGUUCACUCCAGUAAAUUGAUUAUUUUACAUUACAGGACCAUCACGGGUCUGACUAUGGAAACAAAAAAUGAGCAUUUGAUGAGAGCAACUCUAGAAGGAAUCUGUUUCCAGGCUAAAGAUGUUAUACGGGCAAUGGAGUCUGACACUGGAAAUCUCAUAAUCAGUUUGAAUGUAGAUGGUGGUUUGUCAGUCAGUGACACAUUUCUAAAAAUUCUCGCCAACACUUGUAACCUUCCUAUUGGUAAAUCUUAUAACCUGUGUUUAUCAAAAUUGUCAAAUUUGCAAUUCUUUUAUAGGAACAUAUUAAUAGUAUUAUUUUUAUUAUUAAAAUGUAUAUAUUUUGAACAGACCGUCCUUCUAUGGUUGAAACUACUUCUUUUGGUGCUGCAUUUGCAGCAGGUUUUGCUGUAGGUGUAUGGAGUAUGCAUAGUAUCAAAUCUGAAUGUGACACCUUUUCACCAACUACAACUGAAGAAGGUAAUCAUUUUGUCUAAAUUGUUGUAGUAAAUUUAUAUUCAAUAUUGAUAUUAUUCUUAAAAAAUAAUUUAUACAUGUAUUAAAUGUAUUUAAAUAAGUAAAAUUGAUUUUAUAUUCAGAUUGUAGCAAAUGAUACAGAUUUCAUUGAUUUCAAUUUUUGGAAACUACCAAAAAUUUUACUCCAAUUGAAAAAUGACAAGAAAUCGACUGUGUUAUAUUUAAUAUUUAGCUUAGUUAUAGUCAUUUUUUGAUAAGUAAAGAAGUCUUUUAAUAAUUGAGAAAAACCAAAAGAUAAAAAAGACAAUUUUUUUUUCAAAUUAUGGGACAAUUUCAUUUUUUAGAAUUUUUAAGAUUGUAUUUUUUUACCAGAAAUCUGUUCACAUUUCUGAAUAGCAUAUUUUCUGAAAGACAUUUUUGUCUUAUUUGUGAGUAAGAAAGUGGUUUAAUUUUCUGUAUCGUUUUUCUUAUAAUUAUGAAAAACCAGGAAAUGCAUUAUGUUUUUAGGAUUUAGGAUUUUAAUUGUUAUUUGGUUAAAAAUUAUUGUAGAGACCUGUAGUUUUCACAAAAUAUUUAUAUUGGACUUUUAUAGAUGUGGGUAAAUUUUUAAAACAUUUAAAUUAUUUUUAGGCUAUUUAUAGGUAUUUAUUAUUUUUAUGUUUUAUAACUUCUAUUUGUUAGGUAUCUGUAAUUAAAAUUAUAUGGCUUAAGAGAAAUGCAUACAAAUUUAACACAAGUUAUAAUAUAAGUUAUGCUUAGUGAUCAAAAAAUUAAUGCAUUAGUUUUCAUAUUUUUCAUAAGUGUUUUAAGAUCAUAGGGUUUAUUAAAAAUCUUAAAAAUUAUGUUAUAUAAAAAUAUUUUUUUAUUCAUUUUUGGGCACAGAUAUAAAUUAAAUAACUUAAUGUAGCCUACAUUCUUAACUUCCCACUUAAAACAGUGGCUGCACAAAUUCCAAAUAUCAGCUGUUUUUAUAUUAUAUUAUUUAUUUGAUUAAACAAUGAAUUUACAAUUAUUUUUAUUUUUACUAGAACAAACUUUGAAGUAUAAUCAAUGGAAAGAAGCAAUUAGUCAGAGUAUAGGGUGGAGCAAAGAUGAAGAAGAUGAACAUGAUUUUGAAACAGUUUUGAAUAAUCUGAAGUAGAUUUAUUUAUUUAUACGAGUAUUUUUAGUGGUUUUUUUUUUUUUAUUUGUGUUCAGUAAAAACUAGAAAUUGAUAAUAUCAUAUUGUAAUUAUGUUUGCUUUUCAAUUAUUAAUAUCUAUUAAUUAGUAAUUAAUUUUGCUCAAAAUAUACACUUAAAUUCAAGAUUUAUAGAUUAUAUUUUAUAAACCUUGGAGUGAAUUAGUAACUAAACCAUUUUAUUUUACAUUGCAUUAGUUGUUGAUAAAUUUAGAAUACCUAAUAAGAUACAGUUACACCUAAUAAUACCAACACAGAGAACUUCCUGGUGGGCCCUUCUCGUGUAGACUUUUAAUUUACUACUUACAUUUGAUUUUUCCUAGUCCUUUUCUCUCAAAUUACUUUUUUUACCAUUGAGAUUUCUUAGUUACUUCAGAAUGUUUAUCAUUUGUAUUUAAAAGUGAGCCCCAUUUAAUUGUUUAAAAUAUAGUAUAAAAUGGGACCCAGUAUGGGAAUGAAUACAGAUAAUCAAAUAUUGUCUAUUGAUUGUCUCUCUAAAAAGUUGCACUAUAGUUUAGGCACCAUUGAUAGAAAAUAAUGAACAAUCAUCUACAGUACACUAUUUGAAUGAUUUGAACUGUUUAUAAUCAUUUUGAUCUAGUAAUUAUAAUUAACAUUAAUAAAUUAAGUAAUACAAAGUAAAAGAAAGUUUUUAAAAUUUAAAUAAUAUACUAAGAAUGUUAUAGAAGUAAAUUUACAAAUCUCAUUUAAUUAAUCAUGGAAUAGUAAUAUAAAAAAAAGUAAAUAAAUAAAUAAGAAUAAUAUAUUAUAAUAUAAUUAAUUAUAUUCUGAUCUAACUUGGUGCAAACAUCUACUGUAGUAAAUUUGUACAUUCAUUGAUGAAUAAUUUCAAUUGAACUUAUUAAAUACAACUACUUUUACAGCAUGGCCUAUGUAAAUAUGAUAUUUUUCAUCUUAAUAGUCAUUUUAAAUGUUCAAUGAUUACAAUGAUUUAUCAAUUAUCUUAUUUCAAUUUAUAUUAAUAAAUAGUUCUUUCUACACUUUUUAUUUCAAGUGAUUCUUAUUUACCCAUAAUGUCAAAUAAAAACAUUUGCUACUCAUACAGCUGUCAAUUUGCUUAACUUGACACAUUAAAAUGUGAUAGAUGUUGUUUACUGAUACAUCAUAAAUGUUCAGGUUUAUCUUUAACCAAGCUUCAGUGUCUAGGAUUAAAAGAAUUACUGGAAUUAAAAAUCCUAAUUAAAAAAAAUGACUUGUUGAAGUCAAUAAUAUGAAAAAUAAUUCAUAUAAAAAUACAAAUUAUUCUGACAAAUCUGUAAUAAAUGAAAUAAACAUGCAAAUAAUCUUAUAUUUUAUAAUGAUCAAUAAAGCAAAUCAAACCAGUCUGAUGAAAGAAUAUCCUUGGAUUCACAUCAUAUUAAUAAUACUAUUUCAAUAAUAUCUUAUAUCAUAAUAUACUUGUUCCAUUAAAGGUCAUUUGCUUUGGGCUUUAUUAGUUUAGUAAACCGCUUUCAAUUAAAACUAGUUUCAUGUGAUGCUUUAUAUGUUAUAAGAAAUAAAGAAAAUUUAAUUUUUCACAGUAAAUAUCUCCACUAAUCAAACAAAAAUCAAAGAGAAUCUACGAAGAAAUUGCGUGAGGAGCUAGCCUCGAAUAUGAACAAUGGUGAAACUGGACUAACCAUCAAAUUUUAUAGUGUUUCCAAAAUUGUCUAGAUAACCAAUACACCAAAUACACAUUACCAAAAUGUUUAAAUCUCCAUGCAUUCUAUUAAAAUGUAAGGAUCUUAGAAUUAAACUAAAUUUUAGAUUCUGAGUGGAGCGAAGAAGCUUAUAGUUUUACAAAGAUAUUUUUUUUUAUUUUUGGGCAUAUUUUCUACCAGAAGACUUGCUUGGAUUUUUACAUGUAGCAACUUUUCUGAAAGGAAAUCAACGUAGGGAGGUCAUUUUUUGAUUAUUUUUUUUCAGAGUUAUUUCAUCAAAUUUAAUUAAACCAGGAUAAAACAUGGGAAAACUGGGAAAUUCUAUACAAAAUUAAACAAAUAUUAUUAAAGAAAAUAUAUAAAGCCUAUUAAAUUAUUUGACUAUAAAAUGACAUAUAUAUUUUUGACAAAGCAUCACUAUCAAUUAAACUCCGCUCAGAAUCAUUUUUUGUAAGUAAUGGUUUAUUGUUGCUUACAGGUAUACAUUCAAUUAUCUUCAACAGUGACCACACCUGUUCCCAUUAUCCUAAGACGUAUUUUUUUUUAAUAAAUUACUUCUCUUUAUAACAAUGAAUGAACAAAAUAAUUAAUUUACUAUAUCAAAGCUGUCCUGGAGAUUUUUUAGCCAUGGUAUCUUCCAACAUUUCUCUUAGCUUUUGUUUUCUCUUGGAAUAUGAGUUACAGCAAACCACGUGAUUGAUUAUUUCCCAUUAUGUGGCCCAGGUAUUCUAAUUUUCGUGUUUUCAGGGUUAUGAUUUAGAUUAUGUCUAAUGUAAAAUAUUUAGAACUUAAAAAUAUUGUCCUAAAAUUUUAUGAAAUCUUAAAUCAUAUUUGUUCCAAAACUAAAAUUAAAUAAUAAUCUAAUAAAUUCUAAUUAUAAUUUAAGAAAUUUAAUUAAAGAUAAAAAACUUGCACACAAAAAGUAUAAAAUAUCAAAUCUUCACUCAGAUUAUUUACAUUUUUCUAAAUUAUGUAAAAAAUAUUAACAACUAUAUCAACAGAUUGACUCAAAUUAUAUAUUAAAAAAAAAAAUAAUAAUAAUAUUAAUAUUAAUAUUUAAUCAUUUUGGAAUUAUAUUUAAUCUCUAAAAAAAUAUAAAUCUAAUAUUCCUCUCAGUUUUCCUACAUGAUUCUAUCAGCUAAUAAUUUGAAUGAUAUUAUCUCAAUUGUUUUUUAAUUAUUUCUCCACUAUUUACCCAAAAAUAAUGUUACUUAUAAUUUAAAUGAAAUUCACAACAUUAUUAUCAUGACCUUAAUUUAAAUUAUACAUCUAUAUCUGAAGGUGAUACGAUUCUCUGGCUUCUCUUACUUAAUGAAAAAUCAAGUACUGGUCCUAAUAGUUCACUUUUUCAAUUUUGUUUUAAAAAAUGUCUUGUCUUUGUUAAAUCUCUUUAUCAUUUAUUUAAUUUUUCUCUUUCCACUGGUGUAUUUUCAAAUGUUUAAUAAAAAUUUUUAUCACUCCCAUUUAUAAAUCCAGCGAUAAAAAUAAUGUUAGAAAUUACCGACCAAUUGCCAAAUUCUCAAUUUUUCCUAAGAUUUUUGAAGCUAUUAUUUCAAAACAAUUAUCAAAUUUACUAAGUAAUUAUAUAAGUCCCAAAUAACACACAGUGUUUAGCUAAACAUUCAAUUUUUACUAAUUUAAUAAUAUAUCAUUAUUUUUUAAUAAGCACUUUAGAUAAAGAGUUUAUCAGGUUGAUUCUAUUUACAUUAACUUAGAUAAAGUUGAUCAUAUGUUGUUAUACCAUAAAUUAAAAUCUUUUGAAGUAGGUGGACAUUUCCUUGAAUGAUUAUUCUUUUCCCUUACUAAUCGAACUCAAGCUGUCAAAACAUUUCAUCUCUUUACUGAUUUCUCUGUUUUAUAAGAUGUCCCUCAAGGUUCUCACUUGGGGCCUUUAUUAUUUUUGAUAUUUAUAAACAAUCUAGGUACCUCUAGUUAUUGAACCAUCAAAUAAUAUAUUGUUAUUUGAUAAUGAUGCCAAACUAUUUUGUAAAAUAAAAUCAGGUAAUGAUCAACAUAUUUUACAAACUAACACAAAUAAAUUUGUUCUUUGGAGUGAAAACAAUUUUAGUAAUAUCCUUUACCCAUAAAAUCAUUCCUCUGUUUUUCAAUAUUAUUUCAAUGAUUUUCCACUAUUUCAAAAACAACCUUAAAUUUAAAAUAAAUCAUAAAACAAUUAUUAAUAAGUCUUACUAAAUACUUGGUUUUAUUAAUAGACUUACAAAUGAUUUUAGAAACAUUACCUGCUUAAAACGCUCUAGUAAGAUCAUACCUCGAAUUUGGUUCUAUUAUCUGGUCAUAUGAUUUUUCAACUUGAAAUAGUAAUGGACAAUAUCCAAUAUAAGUUUUUUUUUAAAAUAUUUUAAAUGGUUUCCUAAAAUCUUAGUCCAAAUUAAUUUCCGUAUUCCUCGUAAACACACUAGUAAUACAGAUUUAUGUAUUGAUCUGUUUUAUAAAACAAAUACUGGUAAAAAUUCAUUCCUUUAUAAAGCUGUUAUUUUACCUAAUUCUAUUUUUACAACACUAAAUUUUUUCUAUAUAUCUUGCCAUUCCUUCAAAACUAAUGCUUUAACUUUAAUUAAUAAUUAAAAUUUAUAUUUUAUCUCAAAUCUGUUAAUUAGAAAUUGAUUUAUAUACUGAUUUAAAAUUACUUUUAUUUACUAAUCAUUUUUAUAUCAUUAUAUAUAUUUUUUUAAUGUUAUGGAAAUUUAUUAUAAUUAAUAUAAUGUUAUAAUAAUUUUUAAAUAGUCUUCUAUGCAUUUUCUGUUACCCAUACUUAUUGUUAAAAAAUAAAGAACAUCUUGUCCGUUGAAUUUAUAAUAAAUAAAUAUGAUUUAUAAUGUAAACAAUUAAAUUUAUUUUCAUUUAAUUAGCUAUGAACUUAAUUUGUUUUAAGUUUUGUCUUGUAUACUUAUUAUUCACUUUAACAUAAUUGAUUAAAAAAAUCUAGACAAAUAUGAUAAUAUUUUUAUAAUAUUUCCAACUAGUUCUGAUUAGUUUUUGACAGGGUCUUGUUUGUUAUAUUCACCAAUAAAUAUGUUUACUUAAUAUAAAUUACAUUUAUAUGAGGACGAAAUUAUAAUUUUGUUGUUAAAAUAUUAUACCUUAAUUUAAAUUUUGUUUUUAUGUAUUUUAUAAAAUGUAUUAAACAGACAGACAUACUUAAGGUACAGCCAUUGUUGUUGAUGUCAUACUAUGAUAAAAUAAUUAAAUAGGCAUUACAUAGAUAUUUUUUUUAAUAAUAUUUGUUAGAUAUAUUAUCAAUUCUUCCGUUUUUUCUACGUUUAUCUCAGUUUUCCCAUGUUUUUUCUCGGUUUUUCACAUUUGGUGGGAAAACUCCUGAAAAAAAAUCGAAAAAUGACCUCUCCAGUCGAAUUUCCUUUUGAAAAAAGUUCUAUCAGUGUAAAUCGGAGCAAAAUCGCUUGUAGAAAAGUUGUUCACAGGAAAAAAAAUGUCGUAAUACUUUUAAAAGUAAGGGAAAGAAAUUUUCUUGUGGUGUUACAUUAAAGAGGUCGUUUUUCGAUUUUCUCUGGAGUUUUCUUAUCAAAUGUGAAAAACUGAGAAAAACGGGAAAAUGUACGAAAUAUAUUAGUCAAAUAUUACGAUUAUUUUUGCUGUGAAUAAGUAUCUUAAGAAAACAGCUAGAAAAAUCAAAAAAUGACCUCCCCAAAGUGCAACCUUAGUCAGAUUUCCUUUCGGAAAAAGUCGGGACACGCCACUGCUCAAAACUGUAACACGUAAUUUGUUAAACCUUGUGCGGCUAUACCUGUAGGAUAAAACAUUACGUUGCUAAGCAACUAGGUAUAUAGAUGAACGUAGAACACAACAAACCGCAGUUAUUACCGAUAGCCAUUCUAUAAAAAAAAAAUUAUUUCGGUCACCGAAAACAUAACAGGAACAGGUUAUAUUUUAUAAUCUGAGGCUCAGUAUAGUCGAUUCAGAUCUUCUUAAUAUUACUCAUCGGAAACGAAUUCGAAACAUGUAAUAACUAUUUACGACAUUUUAAAAAUAUUUUAAUAACUGUUUUGUAUACACUUGGUCGUAAUAUUUUUUUUUUUUUUCACAGGCAAUCUACGUGGAUAGACGUCGACAUAAUCCCACCAAUUAAUUUGCAGACCUACAAUAGUUGCACGACAUUGACCGACGUUCACGGCGACAACGAUAAUAAAUUUGUUGUUGUUGAUUUCGGAUCGGGAACGUCUAACCCUCAAUUAAAAGUACGCGCUCCGCGAUUUACCUAUAGAAUAUCGUACCAUUUUGUUUUCGUGACGCUAUUGUCAACGUUAUAUUAUAUUUCCGUUAGAUUUUUAAAGGGCUAAACCAGACGCAUAUCAUUCAGUUGAACGAAAAGCCGUCGGCUAUCACAACCGUAUACACAGACAACAAGGAACAACGCAUUCCGUGUAAAUAUGUUUCUAUUAUUAUUAUUAUUAUUAUUUAUUUUUUUUUUUUCAUAUCUGCCCACCUAUUUUAGGUAGCUUAUUGGCUAUUAUUUAAACAAAAGUUGUACGAGUCAUAGUGUUUCAAUAUCAAUUGGUACAUAGGUGUAUAUUAAAAUAUACCUGCAUUAGAUAGUAGAUAGGUAGUCCAGGUAGCCAAUAGAAAAUCUAUUAUUAUCUACUAAAUACUAAACACAAAAUACCUACUUACUUGAUUGUCGUACGAAAUAGGUAGGUACGCGCUGGAUGUUCCACAAAGAUUAACACAUUAUAUUAUCUCUAGAGAUAAUAAAAAUAAUCAACUUCUGUUUUUUUUUUUUGUUUUACUCACAGGAAUAAGAACUACAAAUAAUUAUAUUUCAAACAAUUUUUUUUGUUUUAUUACUUUUGAAAAUAUGAAUGUUUCAACUUUUAUUUUCAUUAAAAAAAUGCAUGAUUUUUAAUAAUUUGUUUACAGUUCAGAGAAAAAUUCAAAUUUAGUAUCGUUAUAUCUCAAUAACUAAUAAUUUGCAGAAAUUUAUUUUGGUACUAUCAUUUUUAAAACAUAGAUUUUGAAAAAAAAAAAAAAAAAUGCAAACAUCGAAUGAUAGUUAUAAACUGCACUUUUGUUUUAUACCGAAGAUAUGUUUAUAAGAUAAAUUCAAAAAACGUUUAAUAUCAAUUAUUCAUUCGUUUCGCUAUUUAGAUUAUAAUAAUAAAAUACCAAUAAAUGCUUUACACGUAAAACUGACAUCGCUUUACCUACUAACCGAAGCACAUUCUAAUGAUGUGCGAUAAUUUUGGACUACCUUGAGUAGUGCCUAUAGACCGGCGUCUUUUCUCUAGUGUUCACGACUGUAUAGUACCCAUCUUUAUCUUCUAUAUCUUUUAAGUCUAUAAGCAGAAUAUAUCAAGGUAAAACAUAUAUAAUCGCAUAAUUAAGCAACAUAUUUUAAACUGUGAACAUUGAUAAAGUAUACUUAAUCAAUAUUAAGUACUUAAGUAUAAAUUAAUAAAAUUAUGUUUUAAGUCCUCAAUGCAUUCAAAUUUUUAAUAUUGGGUUUACGGCUUAAAAUAUUUUACUUAAUUAAUUAUACAAAUAUAAAUGUCUUAUCUACCUUAAUAUAUUCUGCUCAUAAACUUAAAAGAUAAAAAAAAAAAAGCUAAUACUGGGGACGGGUGCGGCCACUAUUAUAGGUGAGAAGUUGGGAAGGAAGGAUAUAUACGGUUAUUUCAUUUAUGUCUGUAAGCAACGAUAAACCAUUUCUGACGAAAGAAGAUGCCGAGUGUAGUUUGAUAAUACAUAAUUUGAAGUGCCGGAAUUUUUUUUAACCUAAUCUUCCUACGCUUUUUUCCGAUUAUUAUAAAAAUUAAUUCGAAAAUCAAAAGGUCUCUUGUCGUUUUUCAAUUGGAGCGAUAUUUGUGCUAGAAAACGUGGUACGUUAUAUUUAAAAGACGAAACCGUAAAAAACUCGUAUUUUUUUCGCGGUUAAUCGUUUUUAAUUUAAAUACCGUUUCGAAAAUCAAAAUUUGACCUAUGUAUUUACCAAGUAGAUAAAAUUGAAUUUCAAAAAAGGUGCUACACUUUACAUCGGAGCAAGUUUUCUAGAAUAAAAGUAGUCUACAGUAUAAAAAUAAAAAAAUAUAGUAUUAUUGUAAAAAAAUAUAAAAAGCUGAUACUAGGGAUGGGAGCGGCCAUUGUUGUAGGUAAAAAGUUGAAAAAGUAGGAUACAUAAGGUUAUUUUAUUUAUAUCUGUAAACAACGAUAAACCAUUGCUUGACGAAAGACGACCCCGAGCGCAGUUCGUUAAAACAAUUUGAAGUACCGUAUUUUUUUUUUUUUCCGAUUUUCGUUUAAAUUUGAUUUUAAAACGCUUAUUAAAAAAAAAACGUGGUCCGAUUUUGAAAAUUGUACCACGUCUAGGUAAGUCCAAUAAAAUAAGUACUAUUACCAAGUUUCAAGUCUCUACAUGUAUUUAUAACUGAACUACAACAAAAUAAACUCCCAAAAAUUAAAAUUCCUCAAAAGCUCAAAAAUGGCUCAAAAGUGGCUAAAAAGUUUUGGUGAUGAUACCGUAAGAAAGUGAAUCGGCAACAAAAAAGGUGUCUUGUGAUUUUUCGAUUCAAUCAUUUUUUUCUGGUAGUAAACGUCGUCCGUGAUUUUAUAAAAUAAUGAAAUCGUGAAAUUAUAAAUUUUCCUAAUUUAAAUAACAUAAUUUCCUAUUUAAACAAAAAUUGAAAUAACCAAUACAUUUAUAAGUCAAAACUAUAAAUAGGUACAUUAAAAUAGAGAACAACAGUGAAACAGAUACAAUUUUAAAAUUCUAAAUUUUGUAUUCCAAUUGUAAAAGAUUAUGCGAUUUAUAAUUCAUAGUUUUUAAUAAUAUGUACCACCUAUAUAAGAAGAAUUAUAUAGAUUUAUAAUGUAUUUUAUAUUAAUAAUAUAUAAUAUUAUGAUUGUAUUAAAACAUUAUUUGUUUUUAUAAUGUUGGGGGUGUGGGGCCCCCAUAGGUCUUUGCAACCCGAAUUACGCCACUGUUUAUGCUUAAUAUAUGUUUCUUAAAAUUUUGAGAUACCUUUGUCCUCUAUUCAAGAUAGAAGAUGAGUGACAACUGAUAAAGAAUUAAUUUUAUCUUCCUGUCAAUUUGUUCAUAUUGUUUGAGAAUAAUAGUCCAUCAGUAAACAGUACCUGUUCAAUUAUAUUCAAUCAAAAUUCCAAGAAAUAAAACUUAUAGCUUGGUAUGUAAAAAAAAAAAAAAAAUAUAUUUGUAGGUGUAGCUGUAGCGAUACGAAAUGAAAUUUAUUUUUAUCGAAAUUGUAAACCGUAUCAUAAAUACUCGAUUCAACCAAAAGUUAUAAAAGACACCGAAGAAUGUAAAUUGUGGCAAGAAUGUGAUGAUGCAUACGAUUUACUAAAUAAGUUACAAAUGUUAUCGUCCUCCAUUGGAUUUGCCAAUCUUUCCACGACGUCACAGCAAAUGCUUUGCUCAAACGAGUGUCAUAUUGAAGAGUAUUUUGAAAAGUAUAAAACAAAUAAACUUAUAAAACAAGUGGGUACUUUUGUUACAUAUUGAUUUGACAUUGAGUAGGUAGUAUUUUAAACCGGUGAGUAACUAGGUAUACAUUAUUGUUAUUGUUAUAGCACACAAUAACAUGUGUUGUUGAGUUAAAGAAAAAUAUGAAAGAUGCUCACGGAGUCGGUUGUCUAGUAAUCGCAACCACUGAUAUGAUCAAUAUACUCGAUACAGAAUCGUUUAAAAUGUUGCCCGAUAAAUAUGAGGUAAAUUGAGUAAUUAUUUGAUAAAUACAUGUAUUUAGAUAGAUGUAAAUCUAUAUAUUAUAUUAUAUCUACAUAUUAUUGUUUGUUAUAAAAUAUUGUUUUAUGUUUUUUAACCGUUGUAUAAAUCGAUAUCGGUGAUCGGAUAAGUAUUUGUGUAUUUUUUUACUUUUUUAGUGUUUUUAUUUAAGGGAUCAAAGCGCACCUGCAUAAGUUUAUAGUUAUAGUUUUCAUACUUUUGGACCGACAAGUGGUGGAAAUUUAAACAUACUUUCCGAUGUCCGAUACACAUUUCUAAAAUAUUUAUGCAUUUGUUGACUAAUAUUAUCUAGAUUUCUGAGGGAGCCAAUUUUCGAUUUUCAAUUUUCAAGAUCUCCAAAAUUAUGAUAUUAUUUUUGAAAAUUCCUAUUUUCAUUUUGAAUUUAUUUUAGGCAUACCAAAUUUAUAAUCGACAAUGAACUUCCCAAAACACCAAGACAAUUUGUUAAAUAAUCCAAACAUACUUUAAAAAAUAAAAUGGAACGUUAGAAUGUAUAUCUAAUUUCUUACAGCUUAUUGGUCUAAAACAGUGAUUCCCAACUUGGCCGGUACAGCCCCCAAAUGGGAUUUUUUUUCUAAAAAUUUUAUCCACAGAGUACCUACCGAACAAAACUCCGUGAAAUUAGUGUUUUACUUCUACUUAUCCUUAGUCUCUUUUCUUAGACUCUAAGAAACUCUAAGACUUAGAGUGCUACUCUCCGGGGCGAAUGUAAAUUUUAAAUUAUUUUCAAGCACUUUUCGCGACACGGAUUGUUCGGCCAUCGUGACUAUUCAAUUAACGUGAUUAUUCAAUCGAUAGGACAUGGGUAUUAGCAGACCAAUGCUGCAUAUAGUGGUUACUAUUAAUAGUCAUAUUCGAUACCUAACUUGAUAUUUUCAAGAUAUUUAAAGAAUUAUCCCAUGUUAAUAAGAUAGAAGAACACCCUAUAAAACAAUAUCAUAUGUCUACUGAAAUCAUCCACCUGGGUUUUCCACCGAGUUCAUUAAAUCUACUGUUAACUUCUUCCAGAUUUUCUCCUAUGUAUAUCUAUAUUAUAUCAACUGCAAAUAUCACGCAUCAUGGUACCUCGCCUUGUAUUUUGUAACUUUAUUCGUUAUAACAGAAGAUAGAUAAGGACCUAAACCUGAACCCCGAAACCCAAAAAUAUUCCGUUAUUCCACACAUGCUUUUUACACUCGUACCUAUCUUGGUCUUUACACACAUCCUCUAUCAAACUAAUAAACAAUUUUAGGACCACAUAAGAACCUCUCACGGUACUCUGUUAUAAACGUUCUCAGCAUCUAUAAAGGCUAUAUAUGGAUUUUUACUCUAAAAUGUUCUACAAUCUGUAUCAAUUCUUCAUACAAAAACACUGGUUCUAUCAUACAUUUUCCUGGCAUAAAAUCAAACUGGUUCUUACAUAUUGCUUUCUCACUUCUAAUUCUCCUUUCUAUAACUGUGUCCCAAAUCUUUAUACUAUGACUCAUUAAUUUAUUGGUCUAUAAUUUCCACACUCUUGUACAUCUUUUUUUUCUUAAAAUAGGUAUUAUCAAACUCUUUAUCCAUUCUUCUGGCAUUUUCCCUUCUACUAGCACUUUAUUGAAAAAACUAUUUUAACCAACUUGACUCUUAACUCUCCUAAUAUUUCCUAUAGGUACUUCUACUGGUACUCUAUCUGAACCUAUUCUUUUUUUCUUUUUCAUUACUUUCAUAACCUACCACACUUCCUCCUCUUUUACUAAAUAUACGAAACCAUCAUUCCACGAAACUCUGUCUACUCGUUCAGUAAUUUCUCAAAAUACUCUUUCCAUCUCUACUUUUCAUCCUCAUAAUUCGUUAACACUCCUUUAUCUUCACAUUGUAUGCAUCAUAUGUUAUGAAAUAUUAAAUAUAAGUACUAUAGUAAUACUAAAUAUAGUAAUUCAUAAAUAGUUCUUACCACCUACCUAGGUAUUUAAAGAUUUUUUAAAUAUUAAACAAUUUCCGUUUAUAUUGAUAAAAUAAUCUUUAAUACUAACGUAUAUUGUAUUGUUUGAGUAGUUGCAGGGUGAAACAGCAUAUAUGUCUACUACUGGGCUGUAUGAUGUAGAUUAUAAAAUUCUUGUAGCUACAAGAACUGGCAGAAUGUACAUUUUUUCUAAAUCAUCGACAAGUGGUUAUAAAAUUGAAAUGACACACGCGAUUGUAGCUGUAAUACUACGACUAGACAAGUUUAUUUGUUGUACUAUAGACGGACUGUUACAAUGCUACACACUAAAAGUGAGAUAACUGAUUACAUGAUACAAUGAGAAAAUGUACCUAUAUUAUGAUUUAAAUGUUAUUUUUUUUUUUUAAAUAUAGUUAAUAAGUAGGUACUAAUAAAACCUUAGAAUAAUCCUUUAAUAUAACUACCAGCUACCCAUUGGCUCAAAUAGGGAAGGGGGCUUUAAAAGCUAAACCUCCAAACAAAUUUCCAUAACCUCCACAAAACCCUCCUAAGUUUUUUUUUACUGAUUGAAUGUUUUAACAGUUUAUGAUGCAAGGUAAAACAUUUGUUUGUAAUAAAAAAAAAUUUACCAUUGAUGAAAAGUGAAUGACAAAAAAAAUAGUCACGGUUUUACGGUAAUCAAACAGUAUGCAAGUGAAUACCUAUUUUUCUGUGCAUUUGUUUUCGUAUUUUUGAGAUUUCGUAAUUCAUAAUUGAACAAAUUGUAUUUAUCAUAAUUUUAUUUAUAAAUUAGAAUUUAGAAUAUUAUUGUAAUAUUGUACAUUAUAAUUUGUAGCUCAUAAUAUAUGUGUACCCACCUACUAUAAAUAGGUUGCGUACCCCAAUAAAGGGUUUUCACCACAUUAUUGCUGACUGUAGAAUGGGCCGUGCAUUUAUUGAAAUCUAAAAACACUGUCGUUAUAUAAAAAUAGAAUAUCUAAGAAAUUAAACUACAGUCAGUAACGUCAUUUCAGUGUUUGAAAUCGAGGGGGGCAGAAAAAUGUUUUGAUCGGCCCAUAAUAAAACUAAAAAAAAACCAAUUUUUCAAUUAUUAUUUUGUAUCUUAUUUAUAGUGUGUAUCAUUAUGGAAUGUAAAGUUACCAGGAGAUCCUAUGGCUAUGAUCGAUAUGUAUGUACAAAGCUUGUCCCUCGAAAUUACUAUUUUGUCUUGCAUUGUAACCAACUUAGACGGAAAUACAAAAGGGUUAAUUCUAAUGUAUUCCGGUUCGACAGUGAUUCACAAAAUUCCCACCGAAGAUCCUAUGACUUGUUUGAUUUUCGGAAAAUUUGGCCAAGAAGAAAAUGCACUAAUAAUGAUUUCUUCUAGUAAGAAAUUUUCUUUUUAACAGUUUAUAGGUGUCAAUAAAUAAUUAUUAUUAUUUUUGUUAGGAGGUAAAGUUGACAUAAAACUUUUAAAACGAACAGCAACAUUUGAUUUGUGUAUUCGUCCAACUUCAACUACACAAAGUAACUGUAAUUUAAGUAUACCAAAAAGAAGUAACGUGUUUAUAGAACAAACAUUACGAGAAAGAGAGCAGUGUAAGGGUAAAUCAAUCAAAUAUUAAUUCAAAUAUUUAAAUGUUUUGUGUCAAAUUUUAGUUUUGUUCUUAUAGAAAUGCAUUUACGUACCCAACAGACAUGGCAAACAUUACAAAUUUCUGUAUUAAAUGAACGGAUCAAUUCGAUAAAACACAAAAUUACCAAUCAAUUGUUACAUACAUCAGCUCAAGUAAUAUUACAGUAACAGUACAGUAUUGUGAGACGUAAUAAUAAGACAAAUUCUAUUUUAGCUUUUAGGUCUGGGACCUCGGUUCAAAAUCCGAUUAUAUUUAAAAAAUUUAGGCAAAAAAGCUUUAAUUGGAAUUAAUGUAGUUUUCUUAUACAACACCUUAUAUCAUACUAUAGAAUCGCCAUGUUGUAGUGUAAGUAUAAAAACAAAAGACCCAUAUUUUUUUUAUUUUUUUUUAUAUAAUGGAUACAUCACACAUAAUAUUAUUAUUCUCAUAUUUAUUGUAUGUGCAUUAGAUGCCUAUAAUUGUUCCAGAAAGAGAAAUUUACUGUGAAAAAUUUGUUACUUGUUGUACAUAUGGUGGGUCCGAUGAUCGAGCUAUAGACAUUAUAGUUAACCAAGGAACAAACAUAUUAUACAGAGCAAAAGUCAAUAUGCCUGUUUGUAAGUUGGUUAUUAAUAUUAUAAAAGCCAUAGCAAGAUUAUUAGGGAUAUAUUUAUUGAGGAAAUAAAGAGGCCGUUUUAAAAUUAAAAAAAAAAAUUAUUUUUUAAGUGUCCCAUAUUUUAGAUUCAGACUUAGCAAGGAAUGUAUUAUUAUUAUUGUAAAACCAAUAUUUUACAAUAUUGUUUAUUUAUUAUUAUUUUUUUAUCUCUAACAACUUUUCUACCAGAAUCUUGCUCCAAAUGUUAAGUAAAGUACCUUUUCAGAAAGGAAAUUUUAUCUGGGUGGUACUACAAGCAGGCCAUUUUUUUUUUAAUACAUAGGAUUUCCAAGUUUUUUUUUGAUUUUGGUCAAUAAUUAAAAAAAAAUACAAGGAAAAUCAAAAAAAAAUAACUUUUUUAAUGAUCAUCUUGAUCCAAAAUUUAACAAAAAAGGUUUUAAAUAAAGUAAUAUUUUUAGUAGAAAAAUGUGUAUUUGUCCCUACAUUUUUCUUAAGUUUCCUAACCUAAUCUAACCUCUUAGAAAACCAAAAAAUUUAAAAAAAUGCUUUCAGAAAAGGUGCUAUACUUAAAAAUCGCAGUAAGAUUUCGAGUAUAACAGUUGUUCACAGAUAAAAAAAAAUUAAAAUAAAUAUCACUGUAGAGUUAAUACAUUCCUCACUUCACUCAGAAUCAAUAAGUUAUAAUGGUAACAAUGAGUUAAUAUUUAAAUAUAAUUUUCUAGUCUAUAUAAUAUAUAAGUAUAUACUUCAAUAUAAAAUGUACAACAUGAUCAAGAUAAUGUAAAACACGCAUUAUCUUUGUAAGUAUUAACUUUUUUGGAAUUUGUUUGUUUUUAGAACAUUUUAGAAAUAAGUAGCUCUAAAAUUUUACUUUAUUCAUUUUUUGUACACUUAUUUUAGGGUGUAAAAUCACUACAUACUUUAGAUUUUAAAUGGCAACCUAUAUUAAAAAUUCAAUUAAUAGAUGAAAUAUUAGUUUAAAUCAAGUUUGGUGUUGAAAUUAUUGAUUUCUGUUAAUGCAUUGAGGGAUAUUAAACUUUUAAGUUUAAGUGGAGGGAUAGUGGUGGGACAUUAUGAUACACCACUACUUUCCCCCCACCAAAACAGAGUAGAAUAGCUCAUCAAUGGGUUGAGGGAAAUCUGAAAUUUUAAUACCAACAUUUAUUUAAACUAAUAUUCCGUCUAUUUAUGUAAUUUUUAAUUUAGGUUGCCACUUAAAAAUCAAAAGUAGUUUCACCCCUUAAAAUAAGGUUGCUAAAAAAUAAAUGAAGUGAAACAUUUUUGAACUGCUUAUUUCUUAAAUGAUCUAAAAAGAAAAUUCCAAAAAAAGUAAAAUGGUAACUAAUAACUAGUAAAGUUAUUACUCGGAGGUAAUCUUAAAAAAUACUUUCCGAGAUAUUGAAUGUCUAAUUGUAUUUUGAUCAUCCUGUAUAGACAAAGAAUCAAAAUUACCUAAACUACUAUUUCUAAGCAUCAUGACACUCCUUAAUAAUUUCUUUUUAAAUAAGGCUCUACAAGUAUUUUCAAAUUUGUCAUUACUUAUAGUUCUUCAAUCAUUUGUUUAAAUCUUAGAUUUAAAAAUUUUAAUUUUGUUUUAAACUAACUUGAUUUUUUUUUUUUGUAUAGAUAAUAUUCAAACAAGUUACAAUGAUGAAUUAAAUGAUAAUAAUAUAUAA